UUCAACGUCAGAGGCGACCGCGAUGUCGGAGGAGGGCGCCGGCGGCGGCGAGAGCCACAGCUCCUCGGCCCGGCUGACCAUCGUGGUCGGAGGCGUUCGCUUCUCAGAGGACAAGGCCUUCCUGAUCCAGAGCUGCGGCUAUUUCCGAUCGCUGUACCGCUCCGGGAUGAGGGAGUGCCGACAGGAGGAGAUCCACCUGCAGGCCCUGCGCGCCCGAGGCUUCCUGGUGGCGCUGGCCGUGCUGCGCGGCGGGCGGCCCGACCUGGACGGCGACGACAUCGUGGAGGCCAUCGAGUGCGCCGCUUUCCUGCAGGCGGCGCCGCUGGCCGAGCACCUGGCGGGCCUCGUCGACUCGGACAACUGUCUGCUGAUGUAUCACACCGCCGCGACCUUCGGCCUCUCGCAGCUGUACCACGCCGCCGCGCUGUUCAUCCGCGACAUGUACGCCGACCUGCGGGCGGAGGUCAGGUCGGCCUUGGCGCCGGAGCUGGUCUCCUACGUGGAGUCGUUGACGCCGAGGGUUUUCGCGGCCGUGGGCGCUCACGUGACCUGCGGCGAGGAGGAAACCGUGCACGCCGCCUCCAGGACGGUCUGCUACCUGGACGAGACCGCCAACGCCUGGAAGGUGCUGACGGAUCUCCCGCCGGGCGCCAGCACCUCCCUGGCUGGAGUGGCCGUUCUAGACAACCGGCUGUACAUCGUCGGGGGGGUCCACGGACCCCACAAGCAGGUCGUGGACUCGUCUUUCUGCUACAGCGUGGAAAGCAACAGCUGGCGCCGGAUCCCCGGCCCGGCUCAGCCGCGAUACAACCUCAGCCUGCUGGGCGCGGCCGGGCGCCUCUACGCCCUCGGGGGAGAGCAAGAGCGGACGCCGAUGUCGUCCGUGGAGGCGUACGACGUGGGGGCCGGGAGGUGGGCGCACGCCGCCCACCUGCCCCGCCCGGCGGCGGGGGCGGCGUGCGCCGCAGCGGCGGGCAGGGUGUUCGUGUGCCUGUGGAGGCCGAUGGAGACCACGGAGAUCCACGAGUACGUCCCGGCGUCGGACGAGUGGCGGCUGGUCACCGCGCUGAUCCGGCGGCAGAGCUACGGCCACUGGUUGGUGGGCCACAGGGACGACCUGUACGUGGUGAGGAACGGGCCCUCGGACGACUUCCUGCGCUGCCUCGUGGACUGCUACAACCUGACCUCGGGCCAGUGGUCGUCUCUGCCGGGACACUUCGCCAACAGCCGCGGCUCGCUGUUCACGGCGGUGGCGAGGGGCGACUCGGUGCUCACGCUCAACAGGAGCGCCACCACGGAGUUCGCCGUGGGCGGGAAAACCUGGAAGCCCCGGCGGCAGAUGAAGGGCUUCCCCAGGAGCGGAUCCGUGUGGACGUUUCUGCUCCGGCUGCCGGACGCCACGACGCCGCCGUGACGGCUUCACCCACAAGGAGAUGUGGAGAUAGCUUCUGUUUCCUGCGCGGCCUCGGCUUCCUGUUGGCACACAGCGACGGUGAUGACGAUGAUGACGAUGAUGACGAAGGAGGUCAACGACGGGCAGAGCCAGGCACGGCGGCCGGGCCGGACGCCAGCAGCUGGCGGCGAGGGGGCCUAGGUCAGGGGGGGUCGACACCUGAUGGUCCGGUUAUUAGCAAAACACAAGAAGUUCUGAGGCUGCAGAAACAUCCAUUUAAUCAAAAUAAAUCCUAAUAAAAUUGAUUAAUGAUAAUAUUAAAAAUGAUCACUAUUAAUACUGAUAAUUAUGAUUGUUAUUGUUGUUAUAGGACUUGAUUGUUGUGUAUUGUUUUUACAUCCUUUUGUGUGCCUCUUUUUACUCCUGUUUGUU